GCGUAACAUCUCACACAGGGAGCGACACAAUGUAGAGCGCAAACAGCAGAAUGGCAUUGGAAUCGGCAUACAUUCACACCAUUCCCGGGUCUGCACUCUUUGCCCAUCAUGAUCUCGUCUGAUUUGAGUACUGACGAGAGACAUCGAGGCGACGUUAGUGCGUCACGUCCUGUGGCCCCAAUGUACUGUCUUCUCGAAACCGGCGCGGACAAACGAGAGGUUUCCUUUCGUGCCGAUUCCACCAAGAAGUCUGUCUACUGGCUCGAUACAGAAACAAGAUGUAACGAUGGCGGUGACAGAAGAAACCCAAAUGAAAAAUGUGAAGAUGAACACAAUCGGAAUACUCUACCCUAUUUGGAACUUGCCGAUCCAAGCAUGUCUUUCUCAACAAUAUCUAGCAGCUUGUACCGACCGGACGGCAAUGUAUUUUAUCUGGGCGGUUUUCAAAUCCUUAGCACUUCCAAAACGGUCGAGGUCUACUUGCAGUCACCGCAGCAGCCUUCUCUGCAGUCAAAGGCCUCGCCGGCGGAAGAAAUCAACUCUCCGGAUUUUGUCACGUACCUGACAACAUCUCGGGGGAUACCGGUCCAGCCGACUACAAGUCUACAAAAUUCUAGACUGGAAAGAGACACAGUCAGCAAAGACUCCUUUCCAAAUUGCCGUACCACUUGGUACAAGACCAUGUGCGUCAUACCCGGAGGACCUCGUCCAGUGACACGAGCUGUUUUGAAAUUUCACAUUGUGCCCACUUCGCAACCCCCUUCCGAAAAGGAUAAUAUUGUCCCAGCCUUUUGUUUACAAUCUAUGAAGCUGACUUGUCGAAUUCCUGAUGACACCAAAGCAUUGCCUUCUACCAAUUCUAUCAACACCGCAAUGCACCAACCGUCUUCUGCAUUCUUGGCAUCUCCGGAACCCGUCUCCUUGCCGGCGACACCAUCAGCGACGCUUUUUUCCUCCACCACUUCAACAUCGGAGUCGAACGGCAGCACGGGUGUGUCGGCAGACGAUGUUGGUGCCGCCAUGGCUGGAAUUUCCUUUUUAGUCCGGUCCGCCGAAGAACGGCUACUUUCCGCGGUGCAACAUGGCCAGCACGAAACCCAGCAAUACAUACGCUCCAACCUACCAAACAUGCUUGGCUCGGCCGUCGAAGCUGCCGUUUCCCCGUUCACGGAAUCGCAACAGUCUUUUGCAACGCAACAGGCUCAAUUGUUCCAAGCGCAGCACAAACAGUUGGAAUCACAACAGACAAUGUUAUUACACCAAACUCGGUUGCUGGAGUCGCAGCAAAGGCAGUUGGCUGAGCAAAGCGAGCAGUUGCAACGUCUGGAAACCUCGCAAGCCCAGCUACUGGCCAUUGUGGCAAGUCUACGAACGCAACGGGAACAAAAUCAGGAAAAUGCACGCGCCGAACUAGACGGGCCCUCGUCACCACAAGUAGUCGUGCAGGCGAUCCCGUCAACCCAACAUGGAACACGGACCAAACAGAGUGAACAAUGUUACGAGAACAGCCGAGAGUCCGAACAUGUCGCGCAGCAGUCUCCUUUGGAGGACAAACAGUACAGCUGA